AUGUUGUUCUCCAAGGAUAACAGCCUGGUGGAGACCAUCGACUUUUCCAAUAUGGCCACACACGACGAGUCGAUGGUCCAUCUGGGCGACGACGACGGCCGCAUCCGGGAAGGCGACAACGAGUGCAUCAUCGUUCAUCCGCAGGGCAUCGAGGCCAAGGUUGACUACUUUUACGUCUCGCUCACCGGCUACGGGACUCGGGAGGCUUUUGCCAAGCUCCGCCACUGCUUUGUCCGCGUCGCCGCUGAGGCCGACGGCCGCGAGCUGCUUGCCGUCCGGCUGGCCGAGCGCGAAUUGGACUCGCGCUCGACGCGUGCGUUGGUCAUGGCCAAGAUCUUCCGCGCUGACGACGGCCGCUGGGCCUUCCAGGCCCUCUCCCACAAGACCGCCUCGUCCGGUAAGCCGCAGCUGACUAUGGAGAUCCAGGCGCUCGAGACCAAGACUGAAGAGCGCAAAGUCCAGUGGCGGGCACUCAAGCCCAACCUCAACGAGUCGGCGCUUGAAGACGCCCUCCACGACCGCGAGGUUCUCGAGGCGACAGUCACAGCCUCAGACUUUCCCGACCCGCACGCCGUCCUCUCGUCAGAGGUCGGCGCGCUGCGGGCCGAGCGCGCUGCGCUUCUUGCUGCCGAAAAAGCGACUCUGGUGGCAGAGCUUGAGGCUCUCCGUGCCGCUCUUGCCGAAAAGGAGCGCGCGAGCGCGAGCAAGCCCGAAGACGACGCCGCCCACGAGGCCGAGCUUGCUGCUCAGCGCGGAGAGCUGGAGGAGCUGACAACCCAGAUUGCCGAGGCAUCCGCAGCCGCACUGGUUGCUGCCAACGAGGCUGCGCUCAACAACUCGCUCAACAAUACAACGUCGCGUACGCUUCAGGCCCAACUCGAGGCGCUGCAGUCGCGACUUGACGACGUGCUUGACGCCGAGCCGAGCGAUAUAUCCCUCUCGCAGAGUCUUAGCCCGCCACCGACCAUGACUGCCAAGGAACUCGCCGAGCUGCAAAACGCAGUCCAGGAGCUGCAUACUCAGAUCGCCGACGCUACUGCCGCCCGUGCAGCGGCGCCCUUUGACCUGCUCACCUACAUCGAGGCCCAGACUCGGGCGCUCGCCGCGGCUGUGCUCUCAUCAGAAGCCAACCAGCUCAACAGCUCGCUAACUCUUCUUGCGGAAGGAUUUCCCGACGGAGAGCUUCCAGGCCUCGCGGGCCAGGAACUGGUCUCGGACGAUGCGCUAGCUGAGCUCCGCCAAGCGGUCGAGUCCAAGCGAGCAGCGCUGGCCGAAGCACAGGCAGCGUCGAUGUCGGGCGCGCUGUUCUCUGCAGACGAAUUUGCAGCCUCACUGAGAGCGCUGCAGGCUGCGUCGCAGCGUGAUGCUCUCUCUGCCGAGCUCGCGGCACUCACCAAGCUGGAGACCGAGCUCGCUGCCAUUGGCACACCCAGUUUGCCAACGGCGGAUGCCGCCCCGAGUCUCGACGAGGUGGCUGCGCUCCGCGCCGACGUUGUCGCCGCGCGGCAGAGAGUGGCCGAGGCACAAGGUACGCUUGCAGCACGAUCGCGCUUCUCCCUCGAGUCCAUCACGCUCCAGAACGAAGCUGCGCGGCUGCAGGCCGAGCUGGCUGCGCUGGGCGAGGUCCUCGGGCUGGCCGACGCCGAUGCAAUCGAGCUGGCGACCAGUGCCGCCGAGGCCGAGAAGCAAGUCCGCGACCUGCGCGCAGAUGUUGACGCCAUCCGCACCUCGGUCGGACGGGCACAAGCCGACUUGGCGGCGGCGUUUACCAAGGCCUCGACAUCAACAGCGAGUCAGGUUGCGGCGCUCGUCACCGUCAAGCAGCUCGAGUUUGAGCGCGAGGCUAUUUCAUCGCUCCUCGAGGCGACCCGCAAGCAGCGCGAGGCAGCCGAGGCAAAUGUCGAGGCGAGUACUGCACGCAUGACAAAGGCCGAGGCCGACGCACGAGCGCUAGAGGCUGAGCUCGUCGAACUGCGCAGCACUGUGAGUAGCGAGCGGGCGGCACUGGCAGAAGUGCGCGGAGCAUGGAUGGCGUCGUCGGUCUGGUUCGACGUCGCGUCAGCCAGCGCACAUCUCGAUUCGGAGCGCGCCCGGCUUCAGGCCGAGCUGGUUGGGCUGAAAGCGGCUAAGGACGCCCCUCUGGAAACGCCACCGAUGCCUGUUGACGACCUUGAGCCUCUACGGCAAGAAGUGGCGCAGCUCCGGGCGGAUGUGUCGCGGCAGCAGGGCGAGUGGCUCGGCGCGCGCGGGCCGGACGAGGUGCGGGCUGCGUUUGCGCUGCUGAACAACGAGCGGAUGGCACUCGAGGCCGAGCUGGUGGCACUUAGUAGCCAUCAUGCGUCUGCAGACGCUGAUGCUGGGGCAAGUGAGGCAGCUCUCGCAGAGAGCAAAGCCGAGCUCGAGACGCUGCGGGCCAAGGUUGAGGAUGCUCGACGGGCCGCUGCUCAGCACGCUGGAGAGUCAAAUGCGGCGGCGGCCAAGCUGGCGACACUGGCAUCGCAAAAGGCGCUUCUUGUACAAGAGUUGGCUCAACUGGCUGCGGUGUCGCAGCCCGACAUUGCAGCCGGGCCUGCAGAUGAGCUAGCUUCUGGUCGAUCCGGAUCGGAAGAAAUGGAGACGCUACUUACCGAGCUUGCCGAGCUCCGCGAGGAGGUGGAGGCCAAGCGUGCCCAGGCAGCCGAGGCGCAAGGCCGCGCAGCGGCAAAUCCCAAUCCGGAACGGCUGGCAAUCAUUGCAGCCAAGCACGAGAAGAUUGCACUUCGUGCCGAGCUGCAGGAGCUGCAGGGCGAUCUGGAGGUGAAGCGGGCAGAGCUCAACCAGCCUGCACUGGACUCAUCGACGCUGCAACUGCGGAAGCAAGUGACCGAGCUCCGGCACGCGAUGGCCCAGGUUGAUGGGCAGCUGAUGGUGCGCAAGGCGAAGAAGGCAAUGAUGGAGACCGAGUACACCCAGCUGACAGCCGAGCUUGCCGAGCUGCAGGCCGAAAUGGCUCAAAAGCCGCCGCUGGAAUCGAUUGGCGAUCCAAACGCCGACUUGCGGGCGCGGGUGGUCAAGCUCCGGCAAGAGCACACCAUGCGCGAGAACGCGUUCCAGGACCAACUCAACAACGUGGCGGCCAAGAAGGACAUGGUGCUGACACAGCGAAUGACGCUCGAGGCCGAACACAAGCGACUGAAGCACAUGCUCGAACACUUUGAUGAGCUGCACCCGGUCCUUGCGCCGCCUGUAGAGCUCGAGCAGGCAAAUCAGGACAUGGAGCGGCAAGUACAGGAGCUGCGAGUCCAGCUGGCAGAAAAGCGUGGGACGAUGCUGGCAGAGCCGGACGCUGGUCUGGAGAUGACAGUCAAGGCUAAGAUGGACAACGUGCGGCUCAAAGCCGAGCUGGAUGUGCUCAAGGCGCAGAUGGCUGCGCUCGCUGACCGCGAGGCCGAGGAGUCCUCGGCGGCAGCAGCGGCAGCGCGCAAGAAGAACCCGAACGCGCGGCUCCGCGAGGAGGUCGAAGCUGCACGCAAGGAGCUGGCACGCAAGCGCGGAGCAAUCCUGGCGGUGGCAACGCCUGGCCACGACCAAGAGGUGCAAUGGAUGAACGAGCGGGCAACGCUGGCAGCCGAGAUGUCCGGCCUCCGCGAGGCAAUCGACGAGCUGGACGCGUCGCUCAAGGCCAAAACCGAGCACAUUAUGGAGUCCAAGAGCGUGCGGCCGCACGAGAACGCCGAGCUACUGGAGCAAGUGCAGCAGCUGCGCAGCACGUUGGCGCGCAAUCACUCUCAGAUGCGGGUGAAGCAGGCGGAGUUGGAGGACGUCGAGACAGCAUACGUGCGCGAGAAGCUAGCGCUGACUGCAGAGCGCGAGGAGCUGAUGAAGCAGAUUCAGGCGACACGACGCAAGACCAAGUUCAAGGACUACACAACAGAAAUCAACGAGCUCCGCGAGACGCUAAGCGGCCUUCGUAACGAACUUGCCGAGGCGCAGGCCGAGAGCAAGGCGGUCAAGGCCAACCUGGAGGUGAUGCUGCAGGAAAAGGCUUCGCUGCAGGCGUCGAUGCGGGCGCAGCGGCGGUCGCUAGACGAAGAAAAGGCGGCGCUGCAAGAGCUCAACGCCGACCGGCUAGAGUCGCUCGACUCCAUCCGCGAGAUCCAGGACGAUCUGACUGCGGCCCGGCGAGCGGUGGCGCACGCCGAGUCUGAGCGGAUGGAGGCGCGAUCAGCUGCGCUGCUGACCAAGCUGGAGGCCGAGGCGCUGUCCACCGAGCUCACCGAGCUGCAGGAGACUCUGGCCAAGAUGGCAACGCCAAAGGCCGAGGCCGGGUUGGCAGAUCCAAACGAGAAGCUGCGGGCGCGGGUGAUUGCGCUGAAGCAGAAACUGCUGGUCCGCGAAGAAUCGCUCCGUGCUGCGGAAGAGCGGGCCGCGUCUGCGCAGGCCUUCCACGAGGCAAUUGGAGCACGGCUGCGGACAGAAAUCGAGGCGCUGAACACGGCGCUGGCGGAAGAGGCGCGGAUACCGCCUGUGCCAGAGGAUCCUAACGGCCCUCUUCGCGAGCGCGUUCUGCAGCUGCGGUCUCAACUCGGCGCACUGCAGUCCAAGCUUCUGAGCGCGGCCACGUCGCGGGCGAUGCACGACUCGGAGCGCGUGGCGCUGCAGGCCGAGUACGACUCGCUCUCGGCAGCAUUGUCGCAACUUGCGGCAGAGGAGGCUGGGGUUGGGAGCGAUGGUGAUGCGGUGAGCGGCGAUCCAAACACGAGCCUCCGGCACUCGGUGAUCGGGAUGCGAGCGCGGAUUUCUGUUCUCCGUGACGCCGCGUCGCAGCGGAGCCAGGAAAAGAGCACGCGGCAGUUCUUGGUGGCCAAGGAGAAGGAGGCGCUGGAGGCAGAGCUGUCAAAGCUUCAGCACACGCUCGCGCAGCUGACAUCACAGAUCGAGACGCACAUGGCGGGCGCGGCCGAGGCGGCGAUGAGCGGUGGCGGGGCCGGCGGAGUGAGCGAGGCGGAGCUGUCGCGGCUGCGGAUGCAAGUGGCCGAGGCGCAGCGCGAUGUCAAGGCGCGCGAGUUUGAGACGAUGACCAAGACCGAGGUGGCGCGGGCGCGGGCAUCGACGCUGCAGGCGGAGCAGGCGGCGCUCAAGGCGCAGCUGCGGGAGCUAGAAAACGCACUGCGGGCUGCGUCGCAGCCAUCAAUCCAACUUGGUGACAUGACGUCCAGCAACGAGCACAUGGCGUCAUCAAACGCAGCGCUACGCGCCGAGGUGGUGCGAGUGCGGAUGCAGGUUGCAGAGCGGGAGGGCCGGUCUGCGGGCCUCGCGUCGACGCUCAACAUUGCAGCGAUUCAAUAUGAGGAAGAGAAGAUGGUGCUGGAGGCCGAGCUGGAGGCGCUGCGGGAGCGACUGGCGAUGGAGCUGCCUGUGCCGAACACUCGUGCAGGCGGUGAGAAUGAGGCUCUGAGAGGGCAGGUGAGCGCGCUGCGGACCGAGGUUGCCAAGCGCGAGGCGGCGUAUGCGUCGUCGCUGCAGAUGGCGAUGGUGCGGAUGUCUGCAAUGGGUGCAGAGCGGGCGCUGCUGGAGGCGCAGAUGACGGAGCUCAAGUCGCGGAUGGACAGCUUGCUAGGCCAGGCCGAUGCAGCGACCGGCUCACAGCACGGACUCGAGGCCGAGGAGCGGCGUGUGGCCGAGUUGCGGACCGAAGUAGCAGAGCUGCAGGAGAAACUUGCGCGGCGGGAGGGGCUCACACUUGCGCAACUGGGCGAAGAUCCUGCGAUCCGUGCACGGCGGACAUAUCUGGAGAAGGAAAAGGCGACGCUGCUAGAGGUGAGCCGGCGGCUAGCAGAGCAGUUGGAGGCGCUUGCGACCGAGUCGUCGCCGCUCCAUUCACUCUUGAAGGAGCUUGCGCCGUCGCACGCGCCGGACUAUGAUGCUAUGCUCCAGUCUGAAGUUUUGCGGCUUCAGGAGACUGUGGCGUCGACGCAGCGCGAGCUUGCGGCCAAGCGUGGGGCGCAGCUAGCGGCGCUCGGCGAGCAGCAGGCCAAGAUCAAGGCGCGGCGACGAACGCUGGAGAUGGAGAAAGCGUCGCUGGCGGCGGAGCUGGAGCGGCUGUGCGAUCGGCUCGCCGAAGUGGACAGUCUGAGCCACCCGGCCGAGGCAAACGACAUGCUCGCACUCGAGGUCCACGUCUCGUCACUAGAGGAGCAGGUUGCCGACGCCCGGCGGAAGCUUGCCGAGGCCGAAGGCGUGUACCUUGCUCGGGUGGGGGAGGACACAGUGGAAGGGCGUGCACGGCGGCGAGUGCUCGAGAUGGAGCGAAUCCGGCUGACCAAGGAACUGGAGGUUCUCGAGGACAAGAUUGCGUCGACAGAGCACACGCUGGCGCGAAUUCCGGAGGAGGAUCUCAACGCCCUCGCCGCCGAGCUAGACGAGCUGCGGAUUUCAAUUGCGGCAGCACGUGACAAGCUGGUGGCUGUGACCGAAGAGCACGCGUCUGCGGCGCGGAUGGAUGAGCUCGAGGCCCAGCGGAUGGAGUUGUUCCAAGAGUACGCCGACUUGCAGGUCGAACUCGCCAAGGCGCAGUCGGGUCUCGACGCGGCGGCCAAGUUCUCGCACGAUGUGCGGGCAGAGCUCGUCCCCAUCGACCGUGAGAUCCGACGGCUUCGGGAGUACCUUGCCGGCAUCGAACUCGAGAAGGAGGCCAAGGACAGUGAGGGCCGCGUUUUGCUAAGUGUGCUGGAGGAGGCAAAGCGGGAGCUGGGUGGCUUGAUCCGCGGCGUCGAAGUUGUGGGUGGCGCUAGGGCCGAGACGGUUGUCGACGACAUGCCUGAGCUUGAGGCCGAUCCCGAGCCUGCAGCCGCUUCCGAGCCCGAGCCCGAGCCCGAGCCCGAGCCCGAGCCCGAGCCCGAGCCCGAGCCGCUGUACGAUAUCGAGCCGCUUGUCCCAGAGCGAGAUGUAGUGCCGGAGGAGUCUGUUGAGAGCGAGGAGGCGGACGAAGAUGCUGCCGAGGCGCUGCUUGCAGCAAAGCGGGAGGAGCUGGCGCGGCUCCAGGCGUUGUGGGAGGAGCAAGAGGCCGCGCGGGCGCAAGCGCGUGAGGCACGAUGGCGAGAGAUGGAGCUUGCACCUGAAAGUGAGCGUGCGCCGCUGUCACCGAUACGGAGCAAGGCGAGUGUGGCCCCGGCGUCUGUGGGGCUGCAAGGUCCGACUGUGCUCUCGCCGGCGAUCGGUGGGCGGCGGCUGCAGACGAGCUUUGGCGCGGUCGACCGGACCCCGCAUCUCACGCUUCCUGGCGGGAGCGGAAAGGCGCCGCCCCCGUGGCGGCCACUGACGCUCGACGGGGCGGCCGUCUCGAUCCCGCACGGCGACUCUGUGAUCAAGGCCGGGGUGCUGGCGAGCAGCGAGGUGGAGGUACGCCACAGCGGAAGUGGCGCCGUCCCAGGCAAAGUCGUGCUUCCGUCCAAUACCGGGCAGGGUGGCGUCGGUGGACGGCAUCAGCUGUUCCAGCAUCUCCAUCGUGUGUAGUGGCUGAUGGCCAGGGGCUUCUCUCCGCGACUAUUGAGCGACCUGCUCUCCGUGAUCACUAGUAUGGCCUGUGGCGAUCACCCCAGCGCCCCUGGCGCCCAGAGGCCUGCUGUCCGAGCCAUCCGCGCGUGCCGCAAAAAAAUGACAGAUGCUUUGCAAA